AUGAAUGAUAGGUUCUCAUCAGCGUACCACAAAUAUGUUGGAACACUUUGUUCUGGAUAUCAGAAUCGUGUUGGUAUGAAAUGUUGCAGCCAAGGUGCCAGAUCGUGCGGGCAGGAGCGCCGACGACCUGAGGCGGCCCCCGCCUCCAAAGGACUGUCGUCGGAGUUCGCUUUCGACAACCCCUAUUUCCGGGACCAAGAGAACGAUCAAGACACUGAGAAAGGAAAAAUGAGAUCAUCUAUGAACAAAAAUUCACUGCGCUCAUCUAAGGUUUCAGAUUUCUCCUCCAACAAAACGAAGAAGUCUCGGAGCGGGAAGAAUCCAUUCACGUUCAGCGGAGGUGCGAGCAAGAAGCAAAGGGCCCUCGAUGAUUCCUGCUUGCAAGUGGAACCAGAGCGCACAGUGGUGAGUCUUCGUGGUCACGACUUCACUGGUCUAGGCUUCAACAUUUGUGGCAACAUGCGGGAUGGAAUCCUGGUCAAAGAUGUCCUUCACAGAGGACCUGCCAGUGAAUCUGGGCUUAUCAAAGCUGGUGACAAGAUCAUCAGCGUUACUGUCUCAUUCACCAACAUUGUGUACGAAGAUGCACUGACGAUCUUGAGUUAUGCUUCGCCCUACGAUGUACAACUCGAGUUGGAAAGGGUGCCGGACAAGACCCGGGCCCUCCCGAACACGCCAUCCGGCACAAAGCGGCCGUUGGGCUCUUGCAGCUUCAACCGCAGUGGGCAGAAGCUGUUCCACCCGCUCUACAGAAGCCAGAGCAUCGACGACCUGACUCAGAUAGAUCGAGACUCAUCCCUGCCGCCCACCCUCGGUCUGGGACCUCGCAGGUCUCAGAGCGUCGGAGUCGCAGCGCAUAAACUAGCCGCCCACUUCAAGAACUCGGAUUCCAAGCUCACGGACGAUAAGACGGGAGUGUCCUCCAAUCAAAUGGUGCUGUCCACCACGGGAUCACUCAACGAAAAGAUGCUGGCGAACGUGAUGGCCGACGGAAGUCCUCACUGGAAGAAACGCUUCGAAGAUACCCUGGAAGGUGAUACUGUCGAAGUCCUCAACCAGUCAUCCACGAGCUCAGAACAGAGAAAAGACUCGACGCCGGACGUUGAGAAGAAAUCUUCGGAUGGUCCAACAUCACAAACUUAUAUGAAAAAGAACAUGAAGUAUCUCGAUUCGCCUCACAACAAAGGUAAACUGCAAACGUACAAAUCACCUGCUGAUAAAGAUCGGGACGUUAGCAGCCAAAAGGCAGAACAUUCUCGAAGAGCCAAGACGAUGGCAGAAGCCUCCAGUGCCCUGUGGCAGUUGGAUCAGAGCAUCCAAGACGGGGAAGGAUCCGACAUCGAAUCUUCAAAGUCGUCCAACUGGAAUCCUGACAAUGGAAUUGUGUCGAAAAGUGGUAGAUUCUCCCAUAAAGAAGAUGAAAUUGAAUCUGAUGUUUCACAUGACUCUCUGGAACUGUCGAAUAAGAAAACAAGUGGCAAGAAAAGUAAAAAACAUACUAGUGCUUCGCAUUCGCGCGAUUGCGCAAUCGAAAGUGAAACUUUAGAGGACAUGAAGCAGAGUUGCUCGAGCUCUGCAAAUAAACAAAAUAUUCAACAGAAAAGCUCAAAGAAGAGCUCCCACCACAGUGAAAACAAUAAAAGCAAAGGACACGCAACAGAUAUGGGUACUAAGAAUGAACAUUCUCGAAAUGCAGAGCGAGUGUACGCCAAUAACAUUCUGAACAAAGUUGGUGGGCAAAGUUCUGCGGAUUAUUCUGAGCGGUCAAAAGAUAAUCCAAAAACGAUAACAGAUGCCAGAGAAGCUAAAGGCUUCGAAAGUGUUCCUUCCGUAGUGUAUGCCAACCAUCGAGAAAUGCAGGAAAAAGUUGUAGUCGUCGGUAGGGCUGCGCAAAAAACUGCGUCUAGCGAUCCUGCCAAUAACUACGGCAAAGUAAACGGCAGAGCCGGUCACAGUGAACGACAAAAACUAUCUGGAACUGAAAACUUUUCCCCAAAUUAUGGCAGCAGCAGAAUCGUCAUCAACGGCGAAACUGAUGAAAUGAAGAACAGAUUCGCGUCGAACUCGAAAAGUAAUUACCCCAAUCAGUCAAGAGAUUCUCCUGUUAAUUACCCGAAGCAGGAUGGCGUCAAGUCUGAUGAGGUUAUGCGCUGGAUGGAAAAUAAACAGAAAUCGAACUUGAACCAGAAGUUCUCCAAAUCGUCUGCCAGUCCUGCUGGAAUGUUUACACAGAUCAAUCCCUUCCAGCAGCCUUCGAGGCACAAGAAUGCCAAUUUUAAAAUCUGGUCCGGGAGAGAAGAGUUGUCGGCCAAUGGGAACGAUUCACAGUACACGUCAUCGUUGAGUAACAGCUACGGUUCUGAUUCUCCAGUGCAGACGAACAGGAGAGAGAAUAUGCCAGAAAAUCAACCUUAUGUUUCGAAGACUGUUCUUAUUUCCCCUUAUGAGACAAGUUCUCGGAAUGGCGUACCAAACUCUUCUCAGAUUUUGAAUUACAGGCAGCAACACUAAUGCUUUGCAAUCAUUUGAAUGGACUUCGCUGAACAGAUAUUUGCGGUGGAUGUGAUCUCAGAAUUCCUGCAGCUUUGCAUGGAUCUCUAACUUUAACGGCAGCAAAUUAUCUGUAGUGUUCUAAUUAUUUGUAAAUUUGUUAAAUUGCCAUUGGUUGC